UUAGACCUGCUGCUGAGCGACCGUCUAUUCCUGCGGGCUUUUGUUUCUCUGGAUUUUUUUUUUUUUUUUUCUCUGGAGCCUAAAUAUUUAUUGAAAGGCUUUUUUUUAAGGAUUGAUUCCAUUAUUUAUUUGAGCAAGAAAGAUGGGCUGCGCUGGAUUCACCUGCUCCAAACACUCCCUGUGCGUGCUCAACAUCCUCUAUGUGAUGGUGAGCCUGCUGAUGAUCGGCAUCGCGGCGUGGGGGAAGUGUUUGGGUCUGGUCUCCAGUUUCCAGGUGGUGGGGGGCAUCAUCGGCGUGGGCGUCUUCCUGUUCUUCGUGGCGCUGGCCGGCCUCAUCGGGGCCAUGAAGCAUCACCAGGUCCUGCUCUUCUUCUACAUGAUCGUCCUGUUCAUGGUGUUUAUUGUGCAGUUCUCUGUUUCCAGUGCCUGCUUAGCCAUCAACAGAGAGCAACAGGACCAGCUGCUGGAGGUGGGCUGGAACAACUCUCAGAGCACUCAGAGGGACGUGGAGAAGAGUCUCAACUGCUGUGGCUUCAGACAGGUGGAGGCCAGCCUCAGCUGUGACGCUGCCUGCUUCCCCAACAACUCGUGCUCGCCGUGCGCAGAUAAGAUCCAGGAACAUGCCGGAGAGGUGCUGCGCUUUGUAGGAGGGAUCGGGCUCUUUUUCAGCUUCACCGAGAUUCUGGGAGUCUGGCUCACUUAUCGCUACAGGAACCAGAAGGACCCCCGAGCCAACCCCAGUGCUUUCCUGUGAGCCCUCUGCACCUCCAUGGGCCUUCUCUGGGCUCGACCUGUACAUACCUGACUCACCUGUGUGUUGGAACUUCUCUGGGCUGUACCUGUACAUACCUGACUGACCUGUGUGUGUGUGUGUGUGUGUGUGUGUGUGUGUGUGUGUGUGUGUGUGUGUGUGUGUGUUUCACUGACUGCUGCAGCCAUGUCCCUAUAAUGUCCUGCGUUUGGUUGUUCAAGAGCGCACACAUGUUGCCUCCAGUGUGACAGCUCUGUCUGAACAUUCACUAUUAGUACACCGAGCACCGGGUGUAAAAAGGGGCAAUACUGUCUACUGCUGUAUAUUCCAAAGUAUUAUUAUAUACAGUAUUUAAGCAGCCCGCCUGAUGUUGACCCUGAACACUGUUUGUCUGUCCCACUGAACGCAAUAAUGUCAACUGCUGCUCUGCAUAUUGACAUGACUACUUUGUGUGUGUGUGUGUGUGUGUGUGUGUGUGUUUGGCCUUUUGCAUGACUCUUGAGCAAAUAUGAGCUACUGAUUGAGAGCUGCACUGAGGAUUCUGUCUCAGCCUUUGUACUGUAAACUGCAACAAAACACUGGUGGAAGAAAAAUAAAUCUGUUUCUCUGGCUUUA